AUAGAGGAAGAGAGAGCACAAAAGGGGAAGGGGGGGAAAGCAGCAAAGAGUUCAGCUGUGGCUACUGAAGAGAAAGGGUAGGAAGACUGAAAUGCAGAAAGAGAAGAGGGUGAAGGAAAAGUGCUUUAACUACUUGAAGUCCCUGUGACACACACCAGGACCUGAGGAGGAAUUUGUUCCAUGGACGGCAGCCGUCGGCUGAGGAGGCAGACGAGACGGAGCGAAGAAGGGGAUGAGGAGAGCUCUCUCUCGUUCUCUCUCCGGAAAGAAGGGAGACUGGCCUUCACAACAACUUAUCCUUUGUCCACCUCCGUCUGCUGAACUGAAUCACAGGGAAGGAAAGAGAAACCCCCUCAGACACUCACACACCCACACUAGUCCACUAAGAAUCAUUCCCCCCAUCCACACACCCACACAGUUCUGACUAAGCCGUCAUGGGGACAGUGAGCGAACUUUGCGCAUCCAGUUUCCAAGCGUUCCUGCGUCCUGCGGUGAAGGACCCGCCUCCUCCAGUGCCAGACGACCUUACCCCUGAGGAGCAGCAUGAGCUGGAAAACAUCCGCAGACGCAAGCAGGAGCUGAUGGAAGACAUUCAGCGUCUGAAGAAUGAGAUAGCAGAAGUGACCAGUGAGAUUGAGAACCUGGGUUCCACAGAGGAGAGGAAAAACAUGCAGAGGAAUAAGCAAGUGGCUAUGGGCCGAAAGAAAUUCAACAUGGACCCUAAAAAGGGGAUUAAGUUCCUGAUUGAGAACGACCUGCUUAAGCACACCAGCGAUGACAUCGCCCAGUUCCUGUACAAGGGGGAGGGGCUAAACAAGACCGCCAUCGGAGACUACCUUGGGGAGAGAGAUGAGUUCAACCUCCAGGUCCUCCAUGACUUUGUGCAGCUCCAUGAAUUCACCGACCUGAACCUGGUCCAGGCCCUGAGACAGUUCCUGUGGAGCUUCCGGCUGCCUGGCGAGGCCCAGAAGAUCGACCGCAUGAUGGAGGCUUUCGCCCAGAGAUACUGCCAGUGCAACCCUGGCGUAUUCCAGUCCACAGACACCUGUUACAUCCUGUCGUUUGCCAUCAUCAUGCUGAACACCAGCCUCCACAACCCCAACGUGAAGGACAAGCCGGCGGUGGAGCGCUUCAUCUCCAUGAACAGAGGAAUCAACGAUGGAGGAGACCUUCCAGAGGACCUACUCAGGAACCUGUAUGACAGCAUCAAGAACGAGCCCUUCAAAAUCCCUGAGGACGACGGGAACGAUCUCACACACACCUUCUUUAACCCAGACCGGGAGGGCUGGCUGCUUAAACUGGGGGGACGGGUCAAGACCUGGAAGAGAAGAUGGUUCAUUCUCACGGACAACUGUCUGUAUUACUUUGAGUACACCACUGACAAGGAGCCCAGAGGGAUCAUUCCACUGGAGAACCUCAGCAUCCGGGAGGUCGAGGACAAGAAGCCUAACUCCUUUGAGCUCUUCAUCCCAGAGAACAAGGACCAGGUGAUCAAGGCCUGUAAGACGGAGGCGGACGGCAGAGUGGUGGAGGGGAACCACACCUUCUACAGGAUCUCUGCUCCCACCACCGAGGAGAAGGAUGAGUGGAUGAACAGCAUCAAAGCUGCCAUCAGCAGGGAUCCCUUCUAUGAGAUGCUGGCCACCCGCAAGAAGAAGGUCUCCUCCAUGAAGAGACACUAGAGCUACUCAGGACUCCUCCUCUUCCCCCCGUUGAGAGAGUUUGGACCCAUCCUGCUGAGACCAUGAGACUUGUGUUUUCAGGCCUGGGGAUGGGGUUGGGGCAGGGGCUGCAGACUGGGGGCUGGGGCCUCUUGCCUCGGUCAGCAUUUCUCUGGGAUAGGCUCUAGCUUUGGGAUUCUACAGGCCUACCAACAGGACAGGGUGCAUGCUGGGGGGUUUUUCAGAACCAGGAGCCAAAGCCUCCCCCUCCUCCUCUUCUCCUGCUCCUGUCUCUGUGGCUGAAUGCUCUCCAUCUCUCUCAACUCUCUGCUGUGUGUAUUUUGGGAGGAAGGGGUCUAUCGCUUUCUGGGUAAAAUGGAUCCCCUCCCUCAAAAAGACAUGUGCACACACACACACAUACUCUCACACACACCAAUGUCGUACACUGAAGUCACACACACACACACACACACACACACACACACACACACACACACACACACACACACACACACACACACACACACACACACACACACACACACCUCAUCUAAACUCAGCAGGUCUGAUGGAGUUGUUGUGGCAUCCCAACCAAAAUAUUCUUACUAGCUUUCAAAAAGAAAGGUGAGAUGCUUUUCUGUAUACGUUAAUAUGACGGGCAACAUGUGUGUUUGUAAAGCUUACUACUGUAUAUAUUUCCCUCCUAAUCUUGAGCUUUUGGGUUUUAGUUUUUGAUAACGUUUUUAGAAAGACUGAGGGGGAAUGGGUUAUAUUGCCAACCGACGAUUUUUUUGAAACGAGAAUAAACUUUUUUCAAGUCUUUCUGUCAAAGUUGCCUCAGGAGAUUGUUACUUGGCUCUGGAUCGGUCUGUAUCAGGAUAAACUUAGACUCUGUCCAAACUGUCACUCAGUAACUGAAGGAAGAGUUAAUUUACAGAGUUUUUAAAAUUAACAUACUUAAAUUAAAAUGUUUGCCAUUACAUUUGCCUGUUUAUAUGCACAUAAUCUGUGACAAUAAUUGAACUUUGACAGCUAUAUUCCUCCAUAGCUGUUUGCCCCUGACUCUUUGUUGUUCAUAUGUAUCCCCAGUUGUUUGACAGCAGUUUAGACGUGCUAACUGUGUUGUAAAAACACACUGCGAAACACGGUUGUUAAACACAGUGUCGUGUUCAUUAGGCACCGAAACGGAAGAACAGGGACUGAAACAGGUGGGGACUACCUUGACUUGUCCAAUGAGAUGUGUUCAUUUUCGUUUUCCAUUGCAAAACGUUUUCUGUUGUGUGCCCUAAUGUACACUUCCCUGAUGAGUGGUUUGCACAUGGUCUUAGUGUGGGAUUAUGGGCUAGGGCUCCGCUAUCGCUCUUCAUUUCCUGUUGGACUUGGAGGUCCAUUCAGGGGACUAGAGUCUGUCGGAGAGAGUGUCUGUGUAUCUGUCAGUCAGUACGGGGCACAACUCAGGGGCUCACAGAGAUUUGAGGUGUCUGGAAACUGAGGUAUUAUCCUCAUCUGCCCCAUCCCUCUUCUGUCCUCUUACUCUUUUCUCUUCUCUCUUUCCUUGUCUUUCACGCAUCUCUCUUUUUCCUCUCAUAUUUCUCCUCUCUCUUUCUCUCUGUCUCUUCCUCUCUGUCUCUUCCUCUCUGUCUCUUUCUGUAACUGUAACAUACACACAAGAUCAUUUAACAAUAAUAACAUGUUAUGGUGUACAACUGACUAGGUAUCCCCCUUUCCCUAUAUCCUAGUCAUUGUCAUUGUCUACCUGACACUCCCAAUGAAAUGUGUCCUAUCAUGCUGCUGGUUAGCUAAUUCACAAAGACAGUCUUUCUAAGUGGAGCUGGUUAUGUUUACCUCAUAAUUGCAACAAAGAUGCCCUCAGCUAUCUUUUUAUCCCAUAGGAGCACUCUUAAAUGUCCUUCCUCAUUUGUAGAUACAGUAUAAAAUGCUAGAACAAUCCAGGUUUCACCUUCUUCAACCCACACUCACCAUCCUAAAGCAUUGGAAUAGCUCUCUCACUUAUUUCAAAUAGCUGUUGCAUCCUUUACUGUACUAGGAAUACAGUAAUAAUACCCGUAAGACAAACAACGCCUAGGAAUACAGUAAUAAUACCCGUAAGACAAACAACGCCUAGGAAUACAGUAAUAAUACCCGUAAGACAAACCAUGCCUAGGAAUACAGUAAUAAUACCCGUAAGACAAACAACGCCUAGGAAUACCGUAAUAAUACCCGUAAGACAAACAACGCCUAGGAAUACAGUAAUAAUACCCGUAAGACAAACCAUGCCUAGGAAUACAGUAAUAAUACCCGUAAGACAAACAACGCCUAGGAAUACAGUAAUAAUACCCGUAAGACAAACAACGCCUAGGAAUACAGUAAUAAUACCCAUAAGACAAACCAAGCCUGGGCAGUGGACUGUCCGUUCCUGGAAUUGGGACACCCUGGAAUGUUUGUUGGAUUGGAUUUGAGACAAAACACAGCUGUUGAUCAGGAAUGUACCACUACGCUCCAUAGUGGUGAACUACUCUGAUCAGGAAUGUACCACUACGCUCCAUAGUGGUGAACUACUCUGAUCAGGAAUGUACCACUACGCUCCAUAGUGGUGAACUACUCUGAUCAGGAAUGUACCACUACGCUCCAUAGUGGUGGAACUACUCUGAUCAGGAAUGUACCACUACGCUCCAUAGUGGUGGAACUACUCUGAUCAGGAAUGUACCACUAUGCUCCAUAGUGGUGGAACUACUCUCCCAGUGCAAGACCUCUUAAGUCAGCUUUGGUAUACAUUAUUUGUUUUUAAAGUGGAAUCGUACAUGGCAUCACAAUUGCAUCCAGCAAAUGCAGCUUUAUUUGUGCAUAAAACCUUCUACUCUGCGAUCAGUGCCUGGCUGUCUGUUAUUCAUGUUUUUCCUCAUUUAUGGAGGCAAAUUCAUGCCAAAAAUAAAGAAGCAUUGAUAUUGACAAAUUAUUCAUCAGUAUUAGUUUUAUUUCAAUAUUGUUUUUUUGCCAAGAAUCUGCUUCCAUAGCACAUAGCCCUGUUUCCCUGAUUAGUUUCUCUUAGCCUCGUCUCAGCAGACUGCUUAUAGAGAUGACAAGGAAACAGCAAAUAAAACAAUCAUAAAGCUAGACAGAAUUUGGUUACUGGUUAUUUAUCAAGGUUGUAUAUACUUAAAUGUAUAAUGGGUUUAUUUGUGUUUUCAUGUGAUUUUGGAGUUUUAAUGGAGCAAUAUGAUGUUAUUAGCCAUUUCUAAUUUUGUUUUAUAGUGUUUGAUUUUAGGUUUCUAUCGUUGCCAUGUAAUCAAAAGCUGAAAUAAAGUAAAGACAAUCUUGUCA